AUGCGGAGGCUCCAAUGUCCAACACAUACAACGAACCGAGUUUUUUGUAUCUCGAAAACUAUUACUAAAUUAUCAGUUAUCCCGAAGAUACGUGUUUUUGCAUGGCGAUUGGCUCACAAUGGGCUGCCUGUGGGUAAAAGAUUGUGGGAGGCGGGUUUCAGUACUGGGGCCUGCCCCAUGUGCUGUAUUGUCGAGGAAACUAUUGUUCAUGAGUUUAAGGAGUGUUGGUACGCUAAACAAACAUUUGAAGUGGCUGGUUUCAGUGGUAUAUCUUGCGCUUUGGAUGGGGAUUCAGGAAUGUGUUGGCUUGAGGAUUUGGCUCGAAAACUUCCUACGAAACGAUUUGCUGAGUUUGUUAUCCUUCUUUGGAAUAUUUGGAAUGGGCGUAAUGCGCAGGUCUUGCAAAAGGAGUUUAUAUCGGCCAGGAACCAGACUGCUCGGGGAGCAGUUCGCACCGACGCCGGUCCUCGGUAA